AUGGAGCCGAGGCGAGAACUUGUACUGGCGUUGUGUCUCGCAGUAGUGCUUCACUUGAGCUGCCUGGGUGCACCACUGAGCACGACGGUAGCCGCUGCUGCGUCUGCAGCCGUACGUGAUAGCGCCGCCAGAAGCAGCAGCCAAAACGCCUCAAUUACUACGGCUUCUCCUUUGCCCUUUGCCGUCUUUGGGUACUUGCCCGAGUACCGCCAGAGCUGGUUCAACUACGAGGCCUUCUUCAAAUCAGGGCUCACCCAUCUCAUCUUUUUCAGUGCCGAGGUUGAUCCAGCUACCUUGCGUCUCGCCCACGUAGAUGACCGCCUGCCGUCAGACGGCGAGUGGGCCCGCAUCCGUCGUCUGGCAGACCUGCACGGUGCGAAGCUGAUGCUCUGCAUUGGUGGUGGUGGCCGCAGCUCCGGGUUUUCGGACCUCGUCGGGGACCCGGUGCGGCGGCUAUCGUUUAUUGAGGAGGUGAAUGCGGUGCUGCUGACGCGAGAGCUCGACGGUAUCGACUUCAACUGGGAGUAUCCGCAGACAAUGACUGAGUGGUUGAACUUUGGCCGCUUCCUACUGGAGAUCCGGUCUGCCCUGGGUUAUGCUCCCGCUGUAGGAAGAGAACACGCAGCUGGACUGAUCGGUGAGCGGCACCACCGCACCCGAGUGCGGCACGCCGUCUUGUCCAUGGCCCUCCAUCCCCAUUCGUCUAUUGCAGCCGUACUGCAGUCCGCUCGAGUGCUUCGCUCGCUCGACUACGUGCACUGGAUGGCAUAUGACCAUAUUCUUGGGACCGAGCCACACAGCUCGGUCGAGUACGCUGCCUCGGUGCUCAGUGAGGAGAUGAUUGGGCUCUUUAACGAGGCUACCUACAACAAGCGUUCUGGGCAGACGCACCAGGAGCUGCGCACAGAGCAGGACCACCGCCGCAAGCUUACCCUUGGAAUCCCCUUCUAUGGUCGUCAUCGAGAAAAUAGGCGACGGCAGCCCGAGACGUACGAUCGCCUCUGGCGCUCAAUCCAGCAAUGGGCUCGCAAGAAACACCCAGCAUGGGUUGAGGGAGGAGCAGAGCUGCGGGCUUUGAACAACUACGGCGGGUACAGCUUCACUGGCUACAACGAUGUGAAGCGCAAGAUGCGACUGGCACGCGCUGCUAACUUGUCUGGGAUAAUGAUCUGGGAGCUGGGCCAGGAUGUCCCACCUGGGACUUCACCGAUGUCGCUCAUGGCUGCAGUCCACGAGCAGCUGGCGGACUGGGGUUUACUGACUGACAGCGGUCACGAUAGUGGUGGCGACGUGAACGGAGAUAACACAGGCCACCUUCAGCAACGACAGCGCCGGUAUUUAUCCUCAGAUGUGGCCGAGGACGGUGAUCUAUGA